CCUCCUCCCGCUCCAGCUCCCGGUCGCCGCCGCCGCCGCCGCCCCCAAGCGCUGGGGGAACUUUGCUGCCGCCGGCUCCCCGCCGCCCCCGGCCGAGCCCCGCGUCGCCGCAAGUUUCCUCCGCCCUCCUCCCCGCCCUCCGCCUCCCGCCCCGCGCCAGUCGUCUUCCCAGCUCCAGCCCUCUCCCUGCCGCCAGCCUGCGUGCGCCCCGGCCCCGUGGCUGCCAGGCUCCCGCCCCGUGCCUCGCCGCGCUCCGCCGCCGCCGCCGCCGCCGCCGCCGCCGCCGCCGCCGCUGUCGCUGCCGCCGGGGCCACCCGCCCGCGGCCCGCGGAGUUCCGGGCUCCUCGCCGGCUGCAGCGCCCCGCCCCGCCCCGCGCCUCCCGCGCCGCCUUGCAGCGCCCCGCCGCCUCGCGCUCUCCGCCUCCCCGGGUUCAGCACCCGGCCGCCGCUGGACCAGAGGUAUACCAUGGUAGAUGGAGUCAUGAUCCUUCCUGUGCUGAUGGUCAUCGCUUUUCCUUCCCCGAGUCUGGAAGAUGAGAAGCCCAAAGUCAACUCGAAGCUUUACAUGUGUGUGUGUGAGGGCCUCUCCUGCGGGAAUGAGGACCACUGCGAAGGCCAGCAGUGUUUCUCCUCUCUGAGCAUCAACGAUGGCUUCCACGUCUACCAGAAGGGCUGCUUUCAGGUUUACGAGCAGGGGAAGAUGACGUGUAAGACCCCUCCGUCGCCUGGCCAAGCGGUGGAAUGCUGCCAGGGGGACUGGUGUAACAGAAACAUCACUGCCCAGCUGCCCACUAAAGGGAAAUCCUUCCCUGGAUCACAGAAUCUCCACCUGGAAGUCGGCCUUAUUAUCCUCUCGGUGGUGUUUGCGGUAUGUCUUUUAGCCUGCAUCCUGGGAGUUGCUCUCAGGAAGUUUAAAAGACGCAACCAAGAACGCCUCAACCCCAGAGAUGUGGAAUAUGGUACCAUUGAAGGGCUCAUCACCACCAAUGUCGGAGACAGCACUCUAGCGGAAUUACUGGAUCACUCAUGUACCUCAGGAAGCGGCUCUGGUCUUCCGUUUCUGGUUCAGAGAACUGUGGCUCGCCAGAUUACCCUGUUGGAGUGUGUUGGGAAGGGCCGGUAUGGAGAGGUGUGGAGGGGCAGCUGGCAAGGCGAAAAUGUGGCCGUAAAGAUCUUCUCCUCCCGCGAUGAGAAGUCAUGGUUCAGGGAAACAGAACUCUACAACACUGUGAUGUUGAGGCAUGAAAAUAUUUUAGGUUUCAUUGCUUCGGACAUGACAUCCAGACACUCCAGCACCCAGCUGUGGCUAAUCACACAUUACCACGAAAUGGGAUCCCUGUACGACUACCUUCAGCUCACGACGUUGGACACCGUUAGCUGCCUUCGGAUAGUGCUGUCCAUAGCCAGUGGUCUUGCGCAUUUGCACAUAGAGAUAUUUGGGACCCAGGGGAAGUCAGCUAUUGCCCACCGAGAUCUAAAGAGCAAAAACAUCCUGGUGAAGAAGAACGGACAGUGCUGCAUAGCAGAUCUGGGCCUAGCAGUCAUGCAUUCCCAGAGCACCAAUCAGCUUGACGUGGGAAACAACCCCCGAGUGGGGACCAAGCGCUACAUGGCUCCCGAAGUUCUAGAUGAAACUAUCCAAGUGGAUUGUUUUGAUUCAUAUAAGAGGGUCGAUAUUUGGGCCUUUGGCCUUGUUCUGUGGGAAGUGGCCAGGCGGAUGGUGAGCAACGGAAUAGUGGAAGAUUACAAGCCGCCAUUCUAUGAUGUCGUUCCCAAUGACCCAAGUUUUGAAGAUAUGAGGAAAGUUGUCUGCGUGGAUCAACAGAGGCCAAACAUACCCAACAGAUGGUUCUCAGACCCGACAUUAACUUCACUGGCGAAGCUGAUGAAAGAGUGUUGGUAUCAGAACCCGUCGGCAAGGCUCACAGCUCUUCGCAUCAAAAAGACUUUGACCAAAAUCGAUAAUUCCCUAGACAAAUUAAAAACUGACUGUUGACAUUUUCACGGUGUCAAGAAGGAAGAGUCAACACUGUCGUUGUCCAGCUGGGACCUAACGCUGGCCUGACCAGUUGUCAGAACAGAACCCAUCGGUCUCCCUCCCGAAGUGGCUGCUUUGACAAAAGCGGAUGUCUCUCCCAAGCCAUGUUCCGGGGAGACACUAAAACCACCCUAACCUCGCUCAAAAAAAAACUGUGACCUGGGCACUUGGAGAACUGUUCCCACCACAGAGACUAAUGGUGGGCGGAUAGGGUUGCAAAGGGAGGGGACUGGAGGAACACGGAGAGAUCCUGCAAGAGGUCUGGGCAUUAAGACAGUGGCUUUGCAUAUCUUUCACGGGUCUCCUAGACACUCCCCACGGGAAACUCAAGGAGGUGGUGAAUUCUCAAUCAGCAAUAUUGGCUGCACUACUCUUCUUUGUUGCACUAGGAAUUCUGUGCAUUCCUUACUUGCACUGUUACCCUUAAUUUUAAAGACCCAACUUGCCAAAAACAUCGGCUGCGUACUCCACUGGUCUGUCUUUGGAUAAUAGGAAUUCAAUUUGGCAAAACAAAACAAAAAAAAAUGUAAUGUUAGACUCUGCUGCAUUUUACACACGUGCUGAUGUUUACAACGAUGCGAACAUUAGGAAUUGUUUAUACACAACUUUGCAAAUUAUUUAUUACUUGUGCACCUAGCAGUUUUUACAAAACUGCUUCAUGCAUACGUUAAAGCUUAUUUUUAUGUGGUCUUAUGAUUUUAUUACCGAAAUGUUUUUAACACUAGACUCUGAAAUGGACAUUUUUUUUCUUUUAUUAUCAGUUAAAUUCACAUUUUAAGUGCUUCACGUUUUUUUUAAUGUGUGUAGACUGUAACUUUCUUUUCAGUUCGUAUGCAGAACAUAUUUAGUCAUUACCCAUGCGACACCACCCAAUAUAUUACUGAUUUAGAAAGCAAAGAUUUCAGUAGAAUUUUAGUCCCAAACGCUGUGGGGGAAAAUGCAUCUUCUUCGGAAUUAUCCAUUAUGUGCAUUUAAACUCUGCCAGAAAAAAAAAAUAACUAUUUUGUUUUAAUCUACUUUUUGUAUUUAGUAGUUAUUUGUAUAAAUUAAAUAAACUGUUUUCAAGUCAAA